AUGGCCAUGGGGACUAGGCGCGCCGCUCUCUGCUUUCUUCUGCUAGUCGCCGUCUUCUUACAAGGCAAUCCUACAUUGGUUUCAGCGGAUGAGGAGUACAAGUAUAGGAUUCCGUAUGUACCCUUCUGCAAGGGGUGGAGCUGCAAGGUGGAGUGCUGGCUGGAGGCCAAGCUCUUCCGCACCCGUCUGCAGGAGCGCAAGUGCAUCAGGGGCGGCAUCAAGGGCGCCUGCUACUGCCUCUUCUGCGGGAAGCACCUCCAAUGA